AUGGCAGUGGAUCACGUGAUGCGCAUCACGAUGAUAUGGUGCCAUGCCCUUAGCGUUAAUCGCACUACUGAUUCUAUCUCCUGUGGCCAUUUUGCAAACCAUCUUGAGAAGAAACGAAUACAUGUGCAAGAGCAUGCUUUUGUUCCCACUCAUACUUGUAAAUGGGAUUUCAUUGAUUCCAAUCGUUUCCUCAACCUCUUCCGCAUGGGUAUCAAACCAUUUCUGUGUGAAAUUUUGACUCUUAUCGGUUUCGGUGAAUCCGGGAGAGGUGUUGACAUAACUCAGGGUCUGAGUGUGGAUACCCUGACGGAGUUGAUGGACAAGAAGCCUGAUUUGGCUGAACGUCUGGCUGCGCAUCUUCCGCCCAUCGAUCCCGAAGAUCAGCAGCUCACCCCCACCCAGGCUGUCAUCACCAACAUCCGUUCACCCCAGUUUAAGUAUGCUCUAAAGUCUUUUUCGGAAGCCUUAGAAUCAGGUCAACUGGGUCCAGCUCUUUCCAAAUUCGGUCUCGAUGAAGAAGUCAUCAAGUCCGCUGACACUGGCGAUUUGGAGGUGUUCGCUUCUGCGUUGCAGAAAUCUCUAGGUACCGAAAAGCAGCAACCUGAAUCGACUGCUACCUCGAUCGGCGAAACUACAAAUAAACCGGAAGACGACGGCGGGGCCGACGAAAAGGACGAUGAAGGAGGGGAAAAGAUGGACACCACUUAG